GACAGGAGAGCGCCAUAGGUUGGUCAGGGUAGUGCUAUUUUGCUUCAGAUCCCCAGCGGCAAAAGUAGAUGCCCUGGGCUGCGCGGUCCGAAAAGUUGGAAAGCGACUGCAAGGAAGACUGGAAUCUGAGCCAGUGAAUCAGAGUUUCUCCGCCCGCCGGCCCCGGCCCCUCACUGCGCGGCCCCGCCCCCAGCGGCCGGCAGGUGUGCGCCCGGCCUGCACGUGGUGCCAGAUGCUACUUAAGGGCCCACCUUCCCCUGCCUGCAGCUGCCAGCUUCUCUAGCCGUGUCUUCCCGGAGCUGCCGGAGGCGCGCGGGUCUCAGAACGCAUCCCGUCGCUAGGGCUGCAGCCGCGGCAUGGGCGCCGCGGGCCCCAUCUGGGUUUUCUUGACUCUCCUCGCGCCGGGGGUCCUCGGUCAGUGUAAAUCCCUGCCAAGGUAUCCUUUUGCUAAACCUAAAAUUCAGAGUGAUCAGUCUGAGUUUGCUGUUGGCGAAACUUGGGAAUAUGAAUGCCUUCCUGGGUAUUUCAAGAAGUCAUUCAUUGUCACCUGCCUAAAGACCUCCAAGUGGUCAAAUGCUCAGCAAGUCUGUAAACGUAAACCAUGUUCGGUUCCUAGAGAACUCCUCCAUGGCUCUGUCCACACACCUCAGGGUAUCGUGUUUGGGGCAACAAUUACAUUUUCAUGUGACAAUGGAUAUCGACUCAUUGGUGGCUCAUCUGCUACAUGUGUUUUCUUAGACAAUACUGUAACCUGGGAUACGGACCUACCCCUUUGUGAAUCUAUUCCUUGUGAGCCACCCCCAGCCAUCUUAAAUGGAGACUUUUACAGCAGCAAUAGAGACUAUUUUUACUAUGGAAUGGUGGUUACUUAUCAGUGCCAUGUUGGACAGAAUGGGAAAAAGCUGUUUGACCUCUUGGGUGAAAAGUCAAUAUAUUGCACCAGCAAAGAUAAUCAAGUUGGCAUCUGGAACAGUCCUGCCCCUCAGUGUAUUCCUGUAGUCAAAUGCCCAAUUCCAGAAGUUGAAAAUGGAAUUAUGGAAUCUGGAUUUAGGCAUUCAUUUUCCUUAAAUGAUUCUGUGAUGUUUAAGUGUAAGCCUGGCUUUACCAUGAAAGGCAGCAACACAGUACGGUGCCAACCAAACAGCAAAUGGAAUCCUCCUCUGCCAAAGUGCUUCAAGGGGUGUCUACCACCUCCACAUACCCUCCAUGGUAACUAUGACCAAUUGGAUGAGGAAUUCUUUGCAGUUGGGCAGGAAGUGUUCUACAGCUGUGAUCCUGGCUACACUCUCAUUGGAACUAACCCUAUACGGUGUACAUCCUUGGGAACGUGGAGCCAUCUAGUACCCAAAUGUGAAGUGAAAUCAUGUGAUGACAUUCCAAACCAACUUCUCAAUGGCCGUGUGGUAGCUCCUCCUAAUUUCCAGCUUGGGGCAGAGGUUUCAUUUGUUUGUGAUAAAGGGUUCCGGUUAAAUGGCCAGUCUUCUAGUCAGUGUGUCUCAGAAGGAAUGAGAGUAUUCUGGAGUAAUAAGUUUCCUGUCUGUGAACGGAUUUUUUGUGACCCCCCUCCUUCUAUCAAAAAUGGACGCAGUAGUUCUCAUUCCGGUCCUGUAGCCCUUAAUGCUGUGGUGACCUACUCAUGUCCCAGUGCCUUCCGCCUCAUUGGAGAAAGACGUCUUUUUUGUAUAAGUAAAGACAAUGUGAAUGGAAUUUGGGAUAAAGCUCCUCCUAUCUGUGAAUAUUACAAUAGAGAUUCUGUUUGCUCUGAACCCAUAGUACCAGGGGGAUACCGAAUUAAAACAUCUAGACCACCCUUUAGACAUGGUCAUUCUGUGACAUUUUCCUGUUAUGCCAAUUUCACCAUGAAAGGAAAUAAAACUGUUUGGUGCCAAGCAAAUAGAACAUGGGGUCCGACACCAUUACCAAUCUGUGAGAGUGAUAUCCCCGUGGAGUGUCCAUCACCUCCCACAAUUGCCAAUGGGCAUCACACAGGAGAGAGUGUUGCCUCCUUUGCCCCAGGAUUGACUGUGACCUACAGUUGUGAACCUGGUUAUUUAAUUUUUGGAAAAAACACCAUUCACUGUUUGUCUUUGGGAGACUGGAGUGAUGUUGCUCCCAUAUGUAAAGAGGCACUGUGUGAACCUCCACGACUAUUUCCCAAUGGGCAGAUAAAGAGGCCCACUAGUUUUGGGGUUGGUGCAACUGUGAACUUUUCCUGUAAUGAAGGGUAUUGGUUACAAGGACCACUUUCUAGUCAGUGUGUAAUUGUUGGACAGAGUACUUUUUGGACCAGGAUGCCAACGUGUGAAGAAAUUUUUUGCCCAUCACCUCCUCCUGUACUCAAUGGAAGACAUACAGGCACCUCUUCAGUGAUCUUUCCAUAUGGACACACAGUCAGCUACACCUGUGACCCGGGCCCAGAGAAAGGAGUGAGCUUCAUCCUCAUUGGGGAGAGGACUAUCCAUUGUACCACUGGCAGUCAGAAGACUGGGGCCUGGAGUGGGCCUGCCCCACGCUGUGAACUUUCUGUGUCUGAGGUUUGGUGUCCACCUCCUCAGAUCCCAAGAGGCCAAAUAUCAUCUGGGCAGAAAGAUCGAUAUUCCUACAAUGACACUGUGGUAUUUGCUUGCGUAUUUGGCUUUACCAUGAAGGGUAGCAAGGCAGUCCGAUGUAAUGCCCAAGGCACAUGGGAACCAUCAAUACCAGUCUGUGAAAAGGAUUGUCAAGCCCCUCCUAAAAUCCUCCAUGGGCGAAAGGAAGACAGACACAGGGUUCGCUUUGACCCUGGAACAUCCAUAAAAUACAGUUGUGACCUUGGCUAUGUGCUGGUGGGGGAAGAAUUCAUACGCUGUACCCCUGAUGGAGUGUGGAUACCCACUGCUCCCACAUGCAAAGUGGCAGAAUGUGAACCUGUUGGAAAGCAAGUCUUUAAAAAACCCAAGAACCAAUUCAUUAGACCAGAUGUUAACUCUUCUUGUGAUGAAGGAUACCGACUGGGUGAAAGUGUUUAUCAGCAGUGUCAAGGCACAAUUCCUUGGUUUAUGGAAAUUCGUCUUUGUAAAGAUAUCACCUGCCCACCACCUCCUGCUAUCGACAAUGGAGUACACACAGGCAGUUCUUCAGAAGAUGUCCUGUAUGGAACUACAGUCACUUACACAUGUAACCCUGGGCCAGAGAGAGGGGUGAAGUAUGACCUCAUUGGGGAGAGCACAAUUCGUUGUAUAAGCAACGAUCAAGAGACAGGCAUCUGGAGUGGCCCUGCUCCUACCUGUAACAUUUCCCUCCCUGCUGUUCAGUGCUCGCCUGUCAAUGUUGCAAAUGGACACAAGAUAUCUGGCAAGGAAGCUCCUUAUUCCUACAAUGACAGUGUGAUAUUCAAGUGUGCUGAAGGAUUUAUUUUGAAGGGCAGCAGUCAGGUUCGUUGCAAAGCCAAUAACACCUGGGAUCCUGAAAUACCAGUUUGUGAAAAAGUUUUCUCUCCAGGCUGUCAGCCACCCUCUGGGCUCCACCAUGGUCAGCAUACAGGUGGAAAUAGGGUCCUCUUUGUCUCUGGGAUGACUGUAGACUACACCUGUGACCCUGGUUACUUGCUUGUGGGAAACAGAUCCAUUCAUUGUAUGCCUUCAGGAAAUUGGAGUCCUUCUGUCCCUCGGUGUGAAGAAGCAUCAUGCCAACCUUUGAAAGAUGGUCAAGAGCCUCCAGAUGGUUCACUUGUGAUACCAGUUAAUACAUCUUGCCAAGAUGGGUACCGGAAGACUGGACAACACACUUAUCAGAAAUGUCAAGAUGAUGAAAAUAGGGUUUGGUUCCAAAAGAUUCCACUUUGUGAAAUUAUCAACUGUCAGUCUCCACCAGGGGUUAAAAAUGGGAGGCACAGGGGUGUGCUGGCAAAAGACUUUCAAUAUGGAAACGAAGUCUUUUAUGAAUGUGAUCAAGGAUUUGAUCUCCUGGGAGAGAAAAGUAUACGGUGCAUAAGUGAUUCUGAAGGACAUGGAUUUUGGAGUGGACCUGUCCCGCAGUGCGUAAAAUCUUCCCCUGUGACUCACUGCCCUGACCCAGAAGUCAUGCAUGGAAAGAAGCUAGAUAAAACUCAGUCUCCAUAUUCCCACAAUGACAUAUUACAUAUUGCCUGCAAUCCCGGCUUCAUCAUGAAUGGCAGUCACUUGAUUAGGUGCCAUACCAACAACAAAUGGGUGCCAGGUGUACCAACUUGCAUCAGAAAGGCUUUCGUAGGCUGUCAGCGUCCGUUUAGGAUCUCCCAUGGAAACCACACUGGUGGAGACAUUACCCGGUUUUCUCCCGGAAUGUCCAUCCUGUACAGCUGCGACCAGGGCUACCUGCUUGUGGGAGAGGCACUCCUCCUGUGCACACACGAGGGGACUUGGAACCGACCUGCCCCGUAUUGCAAAGAGGUGAACUGUAGCUUCCCAGAACAUACAAAUGGAAUCCAGAAUGGGCUGGAGCCUGGAAGAAUGUAUCAAUAUGGAGCUGUUGUCACUUUAGUAUGUGAAGAUGGGUAUACCCUAGAAGGCAGUCCCCAGAGCCAGUGUCAGGAAGAUCACCGAUGGAACCCUCCCUUGGCUGUUUGCAAAUCACCCAGUUCACUUGCUCCUCUUAUUGCUGGUUUUUCUGCUGGGGUAGUAGCUCUUUUCUGCUUGGGUGCUGUCACCUUACGCAUGAUAUUAAAACACAGAGAACGCAAUUACUACACAAAUACAAACCAUAAAGAAGAUGUUCAUUUAGAAACACUAGACUUAUACUCUGUUGACCCAUACAGCCCAGCAAACUAAUCAGAAGACAAACUGUAUGCCUCAUUGCUUGGAACCCAACUGAACAUCAGUUGGAAAGAAACCAUUCUACUGUCAACAAGUGGAUUAGUAUGGUCUCAACAUCAGUGAGAUUGUUUCAUAAGAUUUAACUCCUAUAUGCAAUCAGUCUCAAGCAGAACAAAGAAAAGUGGCCUGAUGGUAAAGAUGGGAGCCCAGUUUCACUGCCAUGCGCUCUUCAAGGACUUUUUGAAGCCUCACCUGUGAUGUAUUGGAGACAGGCUAUGGCUAUAAACAGUUACAUAUCUCUAAAGAAGUGUCACAUUUUUAAGGAAGCCACUAAAAAGAGCUUUCCUUGUGUCUAGAAAGAAUCUAGAUAUAUGUACUGUAAUCAGCAUACUUACUGUUACCAUAUACUUUUAAUUAUAGUGUGGUUUUAAUUAUUUAAGCAAAGUAUGAAGCAUAUCCUCUGGUUAUGAUAGGCAUACAUUUAUUGGGAAGCCUGUUUUUAUUUUAAUAAGAGCAUCUUUCUCUGAUUUAGUUAAACAUCUCACAUUUAUUUCCACUUCAUUUGAGUUUUUCUCAUCAGAUAUAUUUUGACUUUCUAUAAUCACUCAGUAAUUCCAGUUUGCACAUCUUUUUUAAAAUUAUAGGAGUCAAGUUUUAAUUCUGAAGCUUAGCUCUGAGGUAACUAUAGUUGCUUGUAAAAUGUCAUUUGAUAAUGUGUACAUUAGUCUUUCAAAUAUAUUUUAUCUU